CAGGGGUCGGCCGGUUGUGCAUGGCAACGGUGAUGGAGGGCGGCUCGCAGCUGCAAAUCAACCGGCGUUUCGCCGGCAAGUACGAGAAGUACCGACAGAAGGAAGAGCUGCAACGGCUGAAGGAUCGCUAUGGGGAUAGGGCAGAUGAAGAAGAGAGUUCCAGCUCUGAAUCUGAUGAUGAAGUGGAAACUGACCCCAAAUUGGACAUGGAAUUCUACAAGACGUUAUCUUUAUUGAAGAAGAAGGAUCCCAAAAUCUAUCAAAAAGAUGCUCAGUUUUACUCGGUGGAAGAAUCCAGCCAAAACGAUGAUGAGAGUGCUGCAAAGAAAAAGGAGAAACCGAUGUACCUGAAGGAUUAUGAAAGGAAGGUCAUUCUUGAGAAGGAGGGGAAAUAUGAAGAUGAAGAGAGUGAUGAAGAGGGGUUAAGCGUUAAUAUUGAGAGAGCGACAUCCCCGACUUAUAUGGAGGAACAGAAACAACUGAGAGAAAAUUUUCGUAAGUUUGUUGAAGACAGCGAUGAAGAUGGUGACAGUGGAAGUGACGGUGGCUUUAGUUUGUUGAAACCACGAGUAAAAUCUGUAGAAGAGAAGGAAAAGGAGGAGGAGUCCUACAUUAACUGGCUGAAAGGGCAAAAUGAUUUACACGGAAAGGAGGAAUUGCGAGAUAUACAAUAUCUGCGGGAUUAUUGGAAUGAUCCUCAGUUGGAAGAAGGGGAGAGAUUUCUCCGGGACUAUAUUCUCAAUAAAAGAUAUCUUGAGGAAGAGGAGGAGGACGAAGAGAGAAUUCCAACUUAUGAUGAGAUUGUCCAGGAUGAAGUGGAUGACUCCGAAGAUGAUGGGGAACUAUUUCUGAGGAAACAGGAAGACUUUGAAAGAAAAUAUAACUUCAGAUUUGAAGAACCUGAUGCAGAAUUUAUAAAAUCAUACCCGAGAACGAUUGCGACCUCAGUCAGAGCAAAAGAUGAUAGAAGAAAGCGCAAAAGAGAAGAAAUUAAGGAAAGGAAGCGAAAAGAAAAGGAAAAGAAGCAGGAAGAGAUAAAACAGCUUAAGAAGCUAAAGAGGAUGGAGAUUACCAACAAGCUGAACCGGUUAAAGGAGAUAACUGGGAAUGAAACUGUUGGCUUCGAUGAGCAACAUCUGGAGGAGGACUUUGAUCCAGUCAAGCAUGACCAGUUGAUGCAGCAAUUCUUUAACGAUGACUAUUAUGGAGUGGGAGAUGAGCACAAACCACAGUUUGAGGACAACGAGGAACUUGGUGAUGAAUGGAACUGGGACACGUGGACAGGAGCAGAAGAUGGCUGUGCUGAGGGAGAGGAAGAGGAACAGUCGCAGCAAGAAAGUUUUGAGCCACACUGUGAGGAUCCUGAUUUUAUUAUGGAUGCAGAUUAUGAUCCCAGCCAACAAGCAAUCUCCUCUAAGAAGAAAAAGAAACAAAAUGCUCCUUUCAUGGAGAAGAAAAGGAGGAAGUCUAAAUUUGCUGAGGCAGUUAGCAAGGCAAAGCCAGCAUUUGAUCCCAAGGACAAGACCUUUGAACAGUACUUGGAUGAGUACUACAAGUUGGAUUACGAAGAUAUCAUUGAUGAUUUGCCCUGUAGGUUCAGGUACAGGCAGGUGUUGCCCAAUGACUUUGGGCUCAGCACAGACGAGAUUUUGGCAGCAGACGAUAAAGAACUUAAUGCUUGGUGUUCACUAAAGAAAACCUGCCAGUUCAGGACUGAAAAGGAAGAACUUCAUGACCUGAAGAUUUACAAGCAGAAAGCUCAGAAUCAGUGGAAAAAGCAGCAGAUCUUUAAGUCUUUUGCUUUGCAGGAAGACGAAUCACAGAGGAAUGAGGCAACUGCCAAAACAAAGCUUGGGAAGAAGAAAAGGGAUAAGCUGAGAAAGUCGCAGUUGCCGGAAGGGGAAGGAGUUGAAAAGUCAGCUGCCGAACUAAGUGCGAAGAAAAUUAGGUUGUCUGCUGAGAACGAACAAGUCUUUGGCCUGGAUAAUGAUGAAGAUGAAGAUAUCUUGGUUCCCAAGUCAAAGGAGAGUAUGAAUGCGGCGACCCCAGAGGAAGUGGAUCCCAGCAGAGAAAAGGAUGAAGAAAAAUCUCCAGGUCCUCCCAUUGCACAUCAAAAACAAUCCAAGGGUGCAGUCAAGAAAAGGAAGAAAGUUACAAAGAAAAACAUGCUCCUCACUUCUCAAGUGCAGUUCGGUGGGCAUUUGUUCAGUGACCAGAGACUACAAGCCUAUGGGAUAAACACACGUAAACUGAAAUUUAAACAAAUAUUCAGAGAAAAGAAGAAGAAAGAGAAAAAUAAACCGACCAGAGAUUGAUUUUUCUGCUGAGUAAGAUUAUUUUAUAUGGUGUUGUGAAAA